GGGUUGUGCAAAGGAGUUUGGCUAGGAACCGUGAGGAAGGGGAAGGGAGGCGAUCUGAAGGAAGAGAGAGCCCCUGAAAUUCGUCGGUCUGCCAUUCUGGGAUUGGGCUGCUGAGGAAGGGGCUGCCUCGUUCAACAUCUCCCUUUUUGUCUUCCCACUAGCCUCCCUGAUAUCAGUUUUACUUUCCUUAGAUCCUUUAGUCUUUAACUAGAAGGGGCUGGGAAGGGGCUGUGUGUCAUCUCCAGCUGUCCCUGUGACAGCCCCCCCUAGCCCCGUCAACACUUCUCCGCGGGGCCCCGAGUCCCUCCCCAUCCUCUUUUCUUCUUCCACCGCCCCCCCCCCGCCCCAACAAUGGUCUCUCCCGAUGCUCAGUGGCGCUGGGGGCGUUGGGGGGGAGGGCGGAGGCGGGGCUGGAGCCUGCUGGGGGGCAGGUCUGCGCUGUCGCUUCCCCUGGUACCCGGAGCAGUCGCCGCUGCCGCCAGCCCCACGGCCGGGACCCCCGCCCUCACCCGGACUCCCUUAUCCGGGGGAUCCAGCCCAGAUCUCCAGAGGCUCCUGGAAGAGAAGUAGCAGCCUUUUCUGAGUUAUCCUGGCUCCCCAGCUUAGCCUCCGCAACCUGGCUCCCCCUCCCCUUCCUGUUCCCCCUCUCCCCUUCUCCCUUCCCAAUGUACCCAACUGAACUGGGUGUGGGCCAAAGCUCCUCUCCCUCCUUUCCCCUCCUAAACACACACUGGCCGGGCCCUAUAUUCUCCUAUUCUGUACUCAAAGAUACUCGAACACACUUCAUCUAAGUAACAGGGGGACGGGGUCUUUCUGACUCCACGAGUCCUUGAGCAAAAUCUGAAUAAGGAGUGUGGGAGAUCUGGUGAAGUAUUCCCAAAGCCCCAUCAUGGAAGAGGGUUUCAGAGACCGGGCAGCUUUCAUCCGUGGGGCCAAAGACAUUGCCAAGGAAGUCAAGAAGCAUGCAGCCAAGAAGGUGGUGAAGGGCCUGGACAGAGUCCAGGAUGAAUAUUCCCGGAGAUCCUACUCCCGCUUUGAGGAGGAGGACGAUGAUGAUGACUUCCCUGCCUCUGCUGACGGCUAUUACCGCGGGGAAGGGGCCCAGGAUGAGGAGGAAGGUGGCGCAUCUAGUGAUGCCACUGAGGGCCAUGACGAGGAUGACGAGAUCUACGAGGGGGAAUAUCAGGGCAUUCCCCGGGCAGAGUCUGGGGGCAAAGGCGAGCGGAUGGCGGAUGGGGCACCCCUGGCUGGAGUGAGGGGGGGCUUGGGUGAUAGGGAGGGCCCCGCUGGGGGCCGGGGAGAGGCACAGCGGCGUAAAGAACGGGAAGAACUGGCCCAGCAGUAUGAAGCCAUCCUACGGGAGUGUGGCCACGGCCGCUUCCAGUGGACACUGUAUUUCGUGCUUGGUCUGGCGCUGAUGGCUGAUGGUGUCGAGGUCUUUGUGGUGGGCUUCGUGCUGCCCAGUGCUGAGAAAGACAUGUGCCUGUCUGACUCCAACAAAGGCAUGCUGGGCCUCAUUGUCUACCUGGGCAUGAUGGUGGGAGCCUUCCUCUGGGGAGGGCUGGCUGAUCGGCUGGGUCGAAGACAAUGUCUGCUCAUAUCACUCUCAGUCAACAGCGUCUUCGCCUUUUUCUCAUCUUUCGUCCAGGGUUAUGGCACUUUCCUUUUCUGCCGCCUCCUUUCUGGCGUCGGGAUUGGAGGGUCCAUCCCCAUCGUCUUCUCCUAUUUUUCGGAGUUUCUGGCCCAGGAGAAACGUGGGGAGCAUUUGAGCUGGCUCUGCAUGUUUUGGAUGAUUGGUGGAGUGUAUGCAGCUGCUAUGGCUUGGGCCAUCAUCCCCCACUACGGGUGGAGCUUUCAGAUGGGGUCCGCUUACCAGUUCCACAGCUGGAGGGUCUUUGUCCUCGUCUGCGCCUUUCCUUCUGUGUUUGCCAUUGGGGCUCUGACCACACAGCCUGAGAGCCCCCGUUUCUUCCUGGAGAACGGGAAACAUGAUGAGGCCUGGAUGGUACUGAAGCAGGUCCAUGACACCAACAUGAGAGCCAAGGGGCAUCCUGAGCGAGUCUUCUCAGUAACCCACAUUAAGACAAUUCAUCAGGAGGAUGAGUUGAUUGAGAUUCAGUCAGACACAGGGACCUGGUACCAGCGCUGGGGGGUCCGGGCCUUGAGCCUGGGAGGGCAGGUUUGGGGGAAUUUCCUCUCCUGUUUUGGUCCAGAAUAUCGCCGCAUCACUCUGAUGAUGAUGGGUGUGUGGUUCACCAUGUCGUUCAGCUACUAUGGCCUGACUGUCUGGUUUCCCGACAUGAUCCGCCAUCUCCAAGCAGUGGACUACGCAGCCCGCACCAAAGUGUUCCCUGGGGAACGUGUAGAGCAUGUGACUUUUAACUUCACCCUGGAGAAUCAGAUCCACCGAGGGGGACAGUACUUCAAUGACAAGUUUAUUGGGCUGCGUCUGAAGUCAGUCUCCUUUGAGGACUCCCUAUUUGAGGAGUGUUAUUUCGAGGAUGUCACAUCCAGCAACACUUUCUUCCGCAACUGCACGUUCAUCAACACCGUGUUCUAUAACACUGACUUGUUUGAGUACAAGUUUGUGAACAGCCGUCUCGUGAACAGCACAUUCCUGCACAACAAGGAGGGCUGCCCACUGGACGUGACAGGGACAGGUGAAGGCGCCUACAUGGUGUAUUUCGUCAGCUUCUUGGGGACGCUGGCUGUGCUUCCUGGGAACAUUGUGUCUGCCCUGCUCAUGGACAAGAUUGGCAGGCUCCGGAUGCUUGCUGGCUCCAGCGUGAUGUCCUGUGUCUCCUGCUUCUUCCUGUCUUUUGGGAACAGCGAGUCAGCCAUGAUAGCUCUGCUCUGCCUUUUUGGGGGGGUCAGCAUUGCAUCCUGGAAUGCGCUGGACGUGUUGACUGUUGAACUCUACCCCUCGGACAAGAGGACCACAGCCUUCGGCUUCCUGAAUGCUCUGUGUAAGCUGGCAGCUGUGCUGGGGAUCAGCAUCUUCACAUCCUUUGUGGGAAUCACCAAGGCCGCCCCCAUCCUCUUUGCCUCAGCUGCUCUUGCCCUUGGUAGUUCUCUGGCCCUGAAGCUGCCCGAGACGCGGGGGCAGGUGCUGCAGUGAGAGUCUCUGGGGCUUCGGGGGUGGCAGGCACACUGUGAGACCAACAAUUCCUUCUUCCCCUUCCCUGCCCUGCCAUCCUGGCCACAAAGAGCCCUCAUUCCCCGCUCCCGUUUGGUGUCUUAGCCGUGUGUGCGUGUGUGUGCGUAUGUGUGUGCACGUGCGUGACCCCGUGGGCAGGGACUACAGGGAAGGCUCCUCCAUCCCAGUUUUGGGGUGCAGCCCUGUCCCCACCUCCUCCCGCCCUUGACUUUGCCCAAGAGAAGGCUUGGCCCCACACUUCUCCCCAGUGUUAGUGAGAGGCCCUUGCUCUUCCCGGCGCCUGGGACUCUAGAACAGGCUUCCUGCCUUCCCCCUCAUUCCCUCUGCCUGGGCCCUGGUGAAAGCACAGGCGUGUGGCUAUGCCGGCGGCGGGGGCCUAGUGUAGACCACGGACCAAAAGAACUUAGAGUCGUUAAGGGCGUAAAAGUGCCCUCUCACGCCUCCUGUUGGAUGCUGGGGGAGUAGCAAUAAACCUCAGCCCCCUGGCCUCCAUUUCCUUCUCAAUUUGGGCUACAAGUAAGAAGCCUGAAUUUUAUGAAAUUAGCUUUCUGAUUCUUAUUUAUUUAUAUAUUAAGUUCUGAGGCAGCUCAGCAGGACUGUGUGUGUGAGUGCUUGUGUACAUUUAUGUGUGUGUGUGUGUGCGUGCUGUGAGGUGGGGGUGUCGUUAUACUGUCCUCAGAUACAAGCCAAGGGUAACUUCAGUGGACGCACAUACAACCCUGCCUCCCACAGUACGUCCCCUAAUCUUGUUUCUGUGCCGGGCCUGGGUGGGAGGAGCCCUAGGCCAGGCUGGGAUAAGAGUCCCACAGUCUAGGGAGAGCUGAGGGCACCUGACAAGGUCCAUCUCCUCCCCUCCUCUCAAGAAGCACAGGCCUCCUCUGGAAUGAGAGGCUCUACCCGCUAUAGCACAGACAGGCACAGCACAGCAGCCCUCCCACCUCCAGCCUGUCCCCUCACAGGCAGGGGAGCGGGGGAGGGAAAGAAACCAGUCAUAUGGUCCAACCAGCAGAUCAAAAGCACAAGGAGCUGGGGCAGGGCAGGAACUGGGGCCUUCCCAGCAACUCCUGUAAAGUGGGAAGAGUUUAGGCAGUAAGCCAGGGACUCCUAAUGCAGGGACCAGAAGCCUCAGUCUCCCCGUCUCACCCUUUCCACAGGAUAGCCCCUGUAGGUUAAGCUGCCCCUGCCCCACCCUACUCUGUAUGGCUGCUUUCUUUGGUGCCCCCUUUCCCCCACCGUAGCUGUGAUGUGUCGUAGUUUUUAGCUGUUUGUAAAUGUUAAAAAAAAGUUAAAAGGAAAAAAGUGAAAACAACAAUAAAAAAAGAAAAUCCAAAUUCACCCUCCUCAUGCCGCGUCUGGUGCCCCCCACCCUAUGGUCACUCCCAUUUUGUAACACUGAACCAGGUGGUGACUGUUUAACUCCUUGAUGUCUGUGCUCAAAGGACUGCCUUCUCCAGUGCCCAGUGUACGAGUGUGUGCCCUCUUUCCUCACCCUUCACUUGCUGGACGCAGCCCUCUCCCCUGCAACCCCCUGGAGGGACCCAUCCAUCUCCCUUACUCUCCUGGGGAACCCUAAACCCAACUCUGUUGAUGUAAAAAAUGAAAAUAU